GAAAAAGAAAAAGUCACGCUGUUGGGCACACCUACUUAAUUGUUAAUCCUGCUGCAUUGCAAACGUCAACUAAAGGAAGCUCUACCAAAACCCGCAGGUGCUUAAAAUCCCCCUAAAACAAACCUUUUCCUUAUCCGCAGCUUUUCGUCUUUCAUUUCCAAGGGAAGACUUGGAAAAGAUCUGCAUUUCUCAGGUUCGAAGGUUAUUGUACAAGACUUAAAAAAGUGACCAUGUUUAGAAGAAAGUCACAUAGCCACCAAGAGAUUAAUGCUGCUGAAAGAGAUGCCAAGGUUAAACAACUACGAGAUGCUCUUGGACCACUAUCUUUUCGAACAUCAAAAUUCUGCUCCGAUGCAUGCCUAAAGCGGUAUUUAGAAGCUAGAAACUGGAACCUUGAGAAAGCCCAAAAAAUGUUGGAGGAGACUAUUAGAUGGAGAUUAGCUUACAAACCUGAAGAAAUACGUUGGCAUGAAGUAGCACAUGAAGGCGAAACUGGUAAAGUUUCUAAAGCUAACUUUCAUGACCGGAAAAAUAGGACUGUCCUUAUAAUGAGGCCUGGACUGCAGAACACCUCAUCAGCUGAGGGUAAUAUCCGUCACCUUGUUUAUCUAUUGGAGAACGCUAUACUGAACCUCCCUGAGGGACAAGAGCAAAUGUCAUGGCUAAUAGACUUCAAUGGCUGGUCUUUAAAUACCAAUGUCCCGAUUAAAACAGCCAGAGAUAUCAUUCACAUUUUACAGAAUCAUUAUCCUGAGAGGCUUGCUGUGGUUGUACUCUACAGCCCGCCAAGAAUAUUCGAGGCAUUUUGGAAGGUAGUAAAAUACUUUGUGGAUCAGAAAACCUUUCAGAAAAUAAAGUUCGUAUACCCGAAUAACAAGGAGAGUUUGGAGGUGAUGAAGAGCUUUUUCAACACCGAGAAUCUCCCAAGCGAGUUUGGAGGGAAAGGUACACUGAAAUACGAUCAUGAAGAGUUUUCGAGACUGAUGGCAGAGGAUGACGUCAAAACUGCCAAGUUUUGGGGUUUGGAUCAAAACAAUGAGUGUGACAGUAAGGACUAUUCAGAAUCAAAGGUUGAGAGUGUACAAGUUGGGAAAACUUAAGGUGGAUAACACUUGGAGUGAACAAAAUGGUAUUUUGGAUUCUUGUCUUAGGAUGAUUAUCAAAUAAAAAUUUCAUCUACUUAAGUUUUAAAAUUGCGGAAGCCACCUACAGCCCAAUUGGGAAUAUAUUGAAUAAAUUCUCAGAUAUUAAAAAUAUUAUUUUCCAUUUUCUUGUUGUAGAUAUAUUGUGGGAAGUUGUCAACUUAGGAACCUCUGUCUGGUGGUAAAACAAAAGAGUUAAAUAUUAUUAGUUCAGUCUAAUUGUCAAUACCAAUAAUUAAAUAUAACAGAUAUGAAAUAGCAAUCAAGGA